GUGACUAGCUGCCUGAACUUGAACACUGACGGGCAGAAGGCUGCGACCGUGACCACAACCGGCGGAGAUAAAUCCAGAAGCCGACUGUGUAUUUUCCUUCGUUUGUUUGUUUCUGUAUUUGUUUUAUGAAACCGUUUGAACCCGUUGUGUUCACUCAUUCAGGACUUCGUAUAGGUAUUUAACACCGACUAAAAGCCGGGGAGUUGUGCACAAAAAAAAAAAAAAAAAAGCUGAUCAUGUCCAGGCGCAAACUUGGGAGCCGACCGCAACACCUGAGCGUGAUUCAAGAUGCCCCAGAGCCUAGCGUGAAUUCGAGCCCACCCUGCUCUCCUGGAGGCAGCGAUUUACUGACAUGCGGUCAGUGUGGUCAGGCCUUCCCUCUGGCUCACAUCCUCACCUUCAUCCAGCACAAGCAAGGAGGAUGUAGCAGCACUAGGCCUGGCCCACUGGACCACACACCUCAGUCUCCAGCCAAUCAUGCGUUCCGACGUGGCCCCGGUGUGCAGCUGGAAACAGGCUAUGUGGAGCUGAAGAGGAUGACAGGCAGUCGUUGGGAGGAAGAGUCAGGUGUGAAGGUGGAGCCUAACCUAGCAGAUGAGCCAUCCAGUUUUACCUGCCUGGUUUGUGAAUGUCAGUUGCCUAGUGCAUGGGCUCUCCUCCAACACGCCCAGUACAAGCACUCCCUGAGUCUCUACCAAGUCGAGGUUAAUCAUAACCAAAAGCCCAAACCACCAGCCAUGAUGGAUCCACGCCACCUGGGUGCCACACUGGCCACUGCCUUCCAGACUUCCUCUACCUUGAAACGUUUACCCCGCUCCCAUCAGCUCCAGAUCCAUGCCCCCUUGUCAGGAGGACAGGAUCCUCAGAGCAUGAACUUCUCAAUGUGUCUGCAGCGGCUGGCGGAGGUGAGUGUUGGGAAUGGAGGAGUCGUGCCCUCGCCAUCUGCAUCUCCACCUGCCGCUUCUCCUUUUCCUCACUCUACCCCUCCAUUGGUAAGCAAGUUCUCUUGUGAGGUCUGUGGCCAGAAUUUCCAGUCCUUGCGCAGCCUUUCUGCUCAUCGGCGCACACAUGCCACUGAGAAGCCUUACCAUUGUGCUGUGUGCCAGCUAUCCUUUGCUCAAAGUGGAGAGCUAGCUCGUCACAUGAGGAGCCAUCGAAAAGUUCCAGAAAGCUCAUUAAAAUUGUCAGACAUCUCCUUAAGAAUGCCAAAUUUUGUCACUGCCACCACAAAAGAAGAUGGAAACGCCCCAAGCAGGUUUUCUCAGCAGGGAUAUGGGGAUGGUGGGCAUCAGGAAAGUGACACUGCAGGUACAGGUUUGAUCCUGUUGCCAUCCCAGCCGAGAGGAGCCAACCACAGUUUGCAGAGGUGCUAUCAACUUCACACGGAGGUAGAUGAGGAGGUGCAGGUGGAGCCGCAGCAUCCUUCACCCUAUGGCAGCCCUUCAGAGGGCUCACUGGACAGCGGAGAGACUGGUGAGAGCGGCAUCGCCAGCGGAAACUGUACUCCCAAGAGGCCUGAGCGUGACGGUGAGGUGGAGGCAGAGGUUGAAUGUGUGGAUGUGGUGCCUGAUUGGCAACAGGACACUGAGAGACGGCAGUCUGGUGGUCGAAAGAAGAAAGAAGAAGCAUGUGAAUAUUGCGGCAAACGAUUCCGCAACAGUAGCAACCUGACUGUGCAUCGGAGGAGCCACACUGGCGAACGGCCAUACCGUUGCGGUUUGUGCAGUUAUGCCUGUGCCCAGAGCAGCAAGCUGACACGCCAUAUGAAGACCCACGGCGCCCGUGGCGCCCGUGCCCCCUUCCAGUGUCAGCUCUGCUCUGUGCCCUUUACCGUCUACGCCACACUGGAGAAGCACCUCAAGAAGACGCAUGGUAUUAGCCAUGCCACCGUUGGAGCCUACAGCCAGAACACACACUCUCUUAGCCCUCCUCUUGCAUACACCAACCUUGCCAUUAAAAUGGAGGAUGAUCCCACCAUAGAGCACUCUGAAGCCCCACUCCAAACCAUCACAGAGGGUGUGGCAAUGCCCAAAACUCUCAAAGAAGAGGAAUCCGAGACGAUGGUCACCACUGAUGGUGCUGUCUCACCCACUCCUGAAGAUGCCAGCCAUAAAGUAGAGUUGAGUCUUUCUCCAAGAACUGCCUGAACAUUGAGGAAUCCUUCAGGGAUCAUACUGACCACAACCAGCACACCAGACGCUUGGAUCUGAUUCUGCCCAGCCCCUGGUCAAUAUAUCCCUCAAUAACUGAGGUACCAAACCCAUCUUUUGGUGAAUAGGAGCCACUUUUUGGGCUAUGUAAUUGAUCAGCUAUUCUAGAUCGGAUUGCAAUCAAGUGCCUACAUGUAGACAACUGUGACCAUUCAUGCAAGGAUUCAGGAUGUAUGUAUGAUAUUUGAAAUGUUUUGCGCUCAUUACGGUGAGUGAGUUGACUUGUGAUUGUCCAGUCUGUCCAGGACUAUAGAGGCUAUAGUUUUUUCAGCCCCAAAAGAAGACGGGUGAAUCAGCCUAGAGCAUCAAUGAUCAAGAAAGAUCAAGAUUGUCUGUACAUGAUUCUUAUUCGUUUUUUUGUUCCAAGUUUCUUAGAGGUUGGUUAUUUGUAAAGAGCUCUGUUUAUUACAAGAAAUUGCACUCUCAAUUUUAGUGACUCUUAAAGUCAAAUUGACAUGGAAAGUGAGAAUUUUGUAAUGCUCUCUUUCCCCAACAUUUUUGAGAGAAUUAUACUGGCAAUGGGGAAUUUUUUUAUAAAAAUUUGUUGUUGUUGUUGUUGUGGUUGUUUCAACUGAAAAUCCUUUUAAACUUGGAAACAGUCUUAAUCUGUGUCCUAAACACUGGACCUUAAUUUUGGGAUACUGUUUAUAAUCAGCACAGUUUGGGUAUGUGGCAAUGAGCAUCAACAAUCAUUACACAGACUUCUGUGUUCCUCAUCUCAAACAUGCAUGGCAAUGUCUUCGGGAUCUUUGUAAAUGUCAGCGCUUCCACAUUCUGUGCAUUGUAACCGACUCGUCUCGAAAACUCUAGCUGCUCUUCUAUGCAUAAAGCUUCAUUUUAUAAUGGAAAAGAAACGGGUGUCUGUAUGCUUUCUGUUUGGACUGUGUUUCUGUUUACAGAUUAAUGUUCUGUUUGUUUAACUGCAUGUCGUAAAAUGUUAAGGUGUCUUUUGCCCUGUGACUUCUCGUGAGUGCUGCAUGUUGUAUGAGUGCGUAAAUGAAAUGUCUUGCUUUCAGAGGAAUGACUGGGUGGGGAGCAGCACUGACCUGUUGCCUGGAGUGUGUGUGUGUGUGUGUGUGUGUGUGUGUGUGUGUGUGUGUGUGUGUGUGUGUGUGUGUGUGUGUGUGUGUGUGUGUGUGUGUGUGUGUGUGUGUGUGUACACAUGGGUUCAAACAUGUCUUAUUGUAUGUAUGCAGAAAAAGUUUAGUCUAUUUUCUAUGCUUAUUGGUGUCUGACAGUUUGACUGUUUUCUUUUAAAUAAAUAAAAAAAAUACAGUUCUGACUAUUUGAAUAUAGACAAAUGUGAAAAGCCGUUGGGCACAACAGUGUCCAUCACUUCAGGGAAUAGCACGCUGUACAUAGAGAGCUUCACCCUCCUUAAUGAUGAUUUAUGAAGACCUUCCAUUUUGUUGUUUGCUUCAUCUGUAUUGAUUUCAGUUAUAUCUGUUAUGUAUGUGUAAUAUUUUCCCCCAGCAUUCCAUGGGAAGCACAUGCCUUCGCUGUAAAGCAGACAUAAUUUUGUUAUUCUGUGCCUGUGCAGGUGAAUAUUAAAAGACUGAUGCAAAGUCGAAAGUGUCUGUGUGUGUGUG